AGUCUCCUGCAGACCCCGGAAGUGCAACUCGAACUUGGUCGGGGCGCGGAUCCUGAGAGGGAAAGUCAUAACAACCGCACGAGGGAGUUCGACUGGCGAACUGGAAGGCCACGCCUCCUCCCGCCUGCCCCCUCAGCCCUGUAGCUGGGGGCAGAGCUCAGACUGUCUUCUGAAGAUUGAUGUCUAUUUCCUUGAGCUCUUUAAUUUUGUUGCCAAUUUGGAUAAACAUGGCACAAAUCCAGCAGGGAGGUCCAGAUGAAAAAGAAAAGACUACCGCACUGAAAGAUUUAUUAUCUAGGAUAGAUUUGGACGAACUAAUGAAAAAAGAUGAACCGCCUCUUGAUUUUCCUGAUACCCUGGAAGGAUUUGAAUAUGCUUUUAAUGAAAAGGGACAGUUAAGACACAUAAAAACUGGGGAACCAUUUGUUUUUAACUACCGGGAAGAUUUGCACAGAUGGAACCAGAAAAGAUACGAGGCUCUAGGAGAGAUCAUCACGAAGUAUGUGUAUGAGCUCCUGGAAAAGGACUGUAAUUUGAAAAAAAUAUCUAUUCCAGUAGAUGCCACUGAGAGUGAACCAAAGAGUUUUAUCUUUAUGAGUGAGGAUGCUUUGACAAAUCCACAGAAACUGAUGGUUUUAAUUCAUGGUAGUGGUGUUGUCAGGGCAGGGCAGUGGGCUAGAAGACUUAUUAUAAAUGAAGAUCUGGACAGUGGCACACAGAUACCGUUUAUUAAAAGAGCUGUGGCUGAAGGAUAUGGAGUAAUAGUACUAAAUCCCAAUGAAAACUAUAUUGAAGUAGAAAAGCCGAAGAUACACGUACAGUCAUCAUCUGAUAGUUCAGAUGAACCAGCAGAAAAACGGGAAAGAAAAGAUAAAGUUUCUAAAGAAACAAAGAAGCGACGUGAUUUCUAUGAGAAGUAUCGUAACCCCCAAAGAGAAAAAGAAAUGAUGCAAUUGUAUAUCAGAGAAAAUGGUUCUCCUGAAGAACAUGCAAUCUAUGUUUGGGAUCAUUUCAUAGCUCAGGCUGCUGCUGAGAAUGUGUUUUUCGUUGCUCACAGCUAUGGAGGACUUGCUUUUGUUGAACUGAUGAUUCAACGAGAAGCAGAUGUAAAAAAUAAGGUAACUGCUGUGGCAUUGACAGACUCUGUUCACAAUGUGUGGCAUCAAGAAGCUGGCAAAACGAUUCGAGAAUGGAUGAGAGAGAACUGUUGUAAUUGGGUCUCUAGCUCAGAACCAUUAGACACAUCAGUGGAGUCCAUGCUACCUGAUUGCCCCCGGGUCUCAGCAGGCACCGACCGUCACGAGCUAACUUCCUGGAAGAGCUUCCCGUCUAUUUUCAAAUUCUUUACUGAAGCCUCAGAGGCCAAGACCAGCUCCCUGAAGCCGGCUGUUACGCGCCGCUCGCACCGCAUCAAGCACGAAGAGCUGUAAGAGGAGCGAGCGCAACGGGGGAGGCCGCCCUGGCGCACGCACCCGCACGCCUCCUCACUGCUUGUGUCGUCGAGCGGACUCCCAGCCCCUCAUUAGAUUGUUUUCUUCCCAGAGCACAGGGUCGUGAUAUAUACAUCUAAAUAGCGUUUUGCAUUAUUUCUAGAUGAGUGCAACUGUCAAAGCAAUAUGGGUUCACUGGUCGUGCUUCCUGCGGGCUGAGCGCGGGCUGAGCGCUGCCAGUCAGCGCUCAGAUUAAGGCUGACAGCGCCCUGCCUGGCGCGGCCGGCGAGGCUCUAAUUGCCCUGACAGAGACCGCGCGGGCGCUGCGGGUCGGGCGGCGUCGGCGCGGUCCUAGCGCCCGCCGUAGCGCAGCCGCUGCUGCUUCCCCCUCCUUAAUCAUGUCCAUCUUUCCCCGCUCUCAACUGGAGCAAACUUUUAUUCCAGACUUAAGAUUUCCAUUUUAACUAGGUUUUUCCCUGAGGGCAUCUUAUUACCCACCUCUUUUUUUUUUUUUUUAGGAAGUUCCACACACCCACUCCAAAGGCGAUUUCAAAUUCAGAACCUGAAUGCCAUGAUGUACCAUGUAGUUUGGGGAGUGCAAAUUGUUCUCUCCCUGUUUUCAUUUCGGGACCAGAAAAAAAAAAAACUUUGCAUAAAAAUCUAUAAAGUACUGAAUCCGCAUUACUGCUGAAAAUCCUUUUGCCAGCUGAUUGUGAGAGUUUACACAAGUCUCUGAUUUCAGAAGAGACUGUUAAAACCAAAACAAUGAUGGGCAGCUCUUUUAAGUGUAGGUGUGAAAGGUCCCAUUUUCAAUGGAAUUUCCAACUGUUAUCACUGGGAUUGACUUUACUUUUUAAACACAUAAUGUGUACUGAGUGGCAUUGUAAUUUAGAUAUAACACACUUAAGUUUUGCUUUUUAAAUCUCUCUGUGGAGAAAGAUUGUUGUUGUUAAUCGUUUCCAGAAUGAUCUAUUCUGAGCUUUCCUGGAGUUAGGCCCUUCUAGGGAGAGAAUUUUUUUAUUGUCAUCAGGAAACUAAACCUAUGUGCUCUGCAGCCUUUUUCUUCAGAAAGGCUAAGUGGGGCCAAAAUUAUCCUUUUAGUUUUCUGCUUUAACAAGAAGAGAAGGACUUGGUGUGAAAGAAUUUCUUCUCUCAGUCCAAUGGUAUAAUUUUUAGCACUCUGCUUCCUCUGUAGGAUUUAGCCCUACAGUUUGAACAAUGAAAUAUUUUAAUCCAGCUAAGAUGUGGCCAACACUGUGAAAUACAGGAGAUGUUAAGGUUUUGCUGACUUUUAGAUUAAAAUCUUAAAAUUUCACAUUAUAUUUUAAUUACUUGACAAGUUUAAUUAGCUAGUAAAAAUUGUUUCUAAUAGAUGAGAACAUGAAUUUAAUAGUUUUCAUCCUUUUUUAAAGUGUGUGCAACAACUAAUAUGCCUGCCUUAUUUGAGGACAUGAUAAAAUGUACCCAAAAUGACUUAGAACUGUGUAAUGCCUCAGAAAAGUAACUUAAAAUCAACCACUUCGUGCUUAAAUGUUUUUAUAUUAUGAACCGAUUUCAACAAGUUUUAAAGCUGUUAAUAUCUCAUUGCUGUGUUUGACAUACAAGUACAUGCAUUAGUUCUAUAGUCUUAACUAUGACAAAUUAAAGAUGUUUUUUGAGUGGUCAGGUAUGCGUAUGUUUUGGUGUUACUUAAGCAAAAUCAACUAUGUAGGAGGAAAAAUCAAAAUGGCAUUUUAUUCAGCUACUGGAUGGCUUAAAAUGAGUAAACCCCAACAACAUCAAGCGCAUUUGUCUGUGAUAUUGACCCUUUUUAUCCAAUCGUUACUAUUUUAGAAGUAGUGCUGAACUGUGUAAAAUAAUGGUAUCUUCCAGUGAGAGAUUCAAGAAUUGAUGUGAAUUGAAUAUAUUUUUCAAGGUAUUAUAAAUUGUGUCGUGUUUUCAGUAUAUGAAAAUGUUGACAGGAAACAAUUUUAUAGCAUUUAUAAAAAACUAACACUUGUGCAAUGCUAAAUUUGCGACGCUUCUGCACCUGAAUUAGAGCAAAAUAAAUAUGCUCAGUUUAUAAACCAAAUCACUGCUAUUCCUUCUCUGAAAUCAUCUCUCCUCUUUUUAAACCUUUACUUAUAACUAGAAUAAAUCACUAUUUAAUUGCUUCUAAUACUUUAAAACUGCUGGGUGGUUAGGCCUUGUUUAACUAUUUAUAGAGAGCUAUUUGCAAACUUAAGUUGUGUAAAUGUAAUUUCUACUUGUGAAUCUGAGCUGUAGCAGCCCAGAGGGAGCUAGGCAAACUAUUCCAGACCACCAACUGAUAAGUGAUCAGAUUCUUUGUAAUGUAGGAUUUUUUAACCUGUUGAUUAUGGGUUUGUUGAUAUAAAUGUAAUAAUGUCCACCUUGAUUUUCCUGGAAUAACAACCAGCAGUUGGUAGUAGCCCACCUGCAUGAGGGCGGCCAGUGUUAACAGUAUUUUUGUUCUGAUCUUCUUCCGCAUUUUUGUUUCCUCAAACAGGUUUUUAGGAGAGUGGAGAUUUAAAGUCAGGAUGCGGGCUUUUUAUUUUAAUUAUAUACUUAAUUCUUAGAACAAGUAGAAUGGGAAAGGAGUGACUGAUAAAUCUAAGAUUCAAAAUAGUCCUGUCGAAACUUAAAGGCCAGAUUAUUGCUUUGGAGCUUUCUGUAGAUACCAGCCAUCCAGUUGUUAAAUGUUUUCAUGGAUAUUUGAAAAGAAGACCAUGUACUUGUAAUAAUUGUUCUUUUCUCGAGUUUCUGCCUUGUGCUUUGACCUGGAUUGCAUUAUUAUUGUUUAUGCAAAGUAAAAAAAAGGAAAGCACAAGCUUUUCCUACAUAUUAUAUUUCCAUUUCCAUUUUAAAAUAAAAACAAUUUUCCCAAGAACAGCGGUGUUAUUAUUCUUGCUUAGAAGAAUUCUUGCUUAUUCCCCAAUUGCAUAGAGAUUUUUUAAAGCAAAAAGACAAAAGGAAAGAUGAGACAGCGUCCAUCAAUAUUUUAAACCUUCUGGCUGCUUUUUAUUUCUGUUAGUAUUGCUGUAAGGUAAUAUCCUAACUUCAGUUGAGUCACUAUCUGGCUUGCACCUUUUACAAAGCUAACAUUUCUAAGACAGUCGUUUUUAAUAUCUAAAAUAUCUCCUUAGCAAGGAAAUCUGAACAACCUAUCAUUAAACUGUUGUUUUAUAAAAUAAACUUGAAUAUGCCAUAAAUAAAUGUGUUUCCCAAGAGGAGUCUGGUGAGUUUAAGUUGCCUCCAAGUUCGUGUAUAUAGGUUCUUGAUAUACUGUGUUCAAUCUGAAAGUAACUUACAUUUCUUUUACAGCUUUCUUAAAACCUUUAGCCCCUUUCAGAGAUAUGCUAACUAUAUUAUCCAUGCUAAUAAGUUAGAUUUUGUUUGUUUCUCUGGAUUAUCUGCAGUUCAGUCCAAACACAUAUGUGUCUCUUGUUACAAUCAUAUUUUUUACUGUUAACUGAAACGUUCCUGUUGGUGUCUGUAAUCCUAAUUCAUUUAAGAAAGAGUACUACUACAGAAAGUGUAAAAAUUUCUCAAAAACUUUCCACAUGCCUCUGUGGAGAAAAAAAAAAAUGUCUUUAAAUAAAUGUGAGACACUCUCAUCUUUGAAAUAUGGGUGGCAAAAAGGGGGAUGAUGUUGGUGGUUAUUUUAUUAUUACUUAUUAGUGGCCGUAAUAAUAUAAAAUAAAAGACUCCAGGAGGUACUCCCUUUCAAAAAUUGAAUACUUUCCUUCCUUCCUUAUAUAGAAUGACUGAGUGGGAGUCUCUUGAAUUGUUCGUCUUCCUUUUAUCUAAUAUUCUAUUAAUCUCCAAAAAGAUCAGUUUGAGUCUGGGAAAGGGUUUUUAAUCAACACUUCACAGAGCUUAAAGCUACCCUACCUAAAGCGUCAGCUUUGUUAGGCGGUUUUAGAUUUAAAGCAUUGCAACUGUCAUGCACUGUACUAAAAGUAAAGAAUGUACACCAAGUGGAAGAUGUUGAAAAGAGGGGAAUAGCACAAAGUCGAUUAACGGAGAUUCGAGAAUAGAAGUAGCCAUCAAAGCAUUCCAGCAUUUAUCUCAAAAUCUAUGUAAGGUUUUUUUUAAAAAGCAACAAUGAUAGUUUUAAACCACACACUUAGGAGGGAUGAAUGUUGAUUUAAUUGAUUCAUUUGGAUCGAUGUUUUUAAAGUUUCACACCACUGAUCUUUCAUGUAGUGAUGUCUUUAGCAGUCAGUGGUCUGACAUGAGCCUUCUCAGAUUUCAUCAGUGGGACUCUCCAUGACGUCUAAAAUUAUGCAACAGCCUGUGCAAUGGUAACUUUAGAAUUGGAAGACCUUGAUGCCAAAGAGCGUGAUUAGAUUGAAGAACUCUUGUUAAUUCCCAGCACAAAGGUUUUAGAGAAGUAAUGACUGUAAAAUGAACCGCAAAGGUUAAAAUAACCAAAUAUUAAAUAAUUGGCUUUAAUUGCUAGAUAGGAGAAAGUCAUCCUGAAAGUUUGACCAUGAAGUGGAUACCACACAGUGACCACUAUUUUCCCCUGGAAUAUAAAAAGCUUGAAAGUGGAAAUUCGACUUAGUCCAUGAGGCCUUCUAAGCAACUUUUCCCAGUCCUUCGCCUUGAGAUUUGUGAAAAACCUUUCACUAUAUCCUUUAUAUUGUUGGAGUUGAGUUCUGUUUGAAACAUGUUUCUAGAAAGAAAUCUAGAGAAGUCCUACAUAUUUCCUUUUAGGUCAUUCAUCUUUUUCUUCCUUGGCUAUUACCUCGGGUAAUAUGGAGAACUGUCAUAGGUAAAAUAAUGUUGAACUGUACUUUCUGGCCAGCCUGCAAUACCGAUACAAAGAAUCUGAAAUGAAAAGACAACCAACACCCCAAGAAUGAUAUGUCUCUUUUUAAAGUUUACAAUUUGAAUAAUGAAUUUGGAUAGAAACUUGGCAGGAAAACAAACCAUGGCACCAUCACAUCACCAACCAUUUUCACUUUUCUGUCCAAUUUCAGAGUGCAUGUGUUUGUGAGUAUUUCACUAGAUCAGUGACAGCUCUUUAUUUGCAUAAUUAUAUGCUCUGGUCUGAAGAGAAAACUAACCCCCAAAUUUCAUGGGUCACCAAACUGCAACAAUCAAUGUUUUAUCACGUAUGCUAAGCAAAAUCUAAGAAGCUAUAUGAAGUUUCUUGGGGAGUUUUUACUCCUCAGAAAAUUAAAGAGUUUUCUCUCCUGAAUAGAUUCAAAAUCUUCCCAAGUUCUUUGUAACUGAAUUCUGUUUGAAGGCAAAACUAGAGAUUAACAUGUAGAUCUGGAUCGUAGACUCACUAGCAUUACUUCAAAGUGGCUUAAGAAGAGCAGCAUUUUGGGUGCACUAAACUUUUAAAUUCUAGGCACUGUCCUUCAUGAUUUGAGGAAAAAAAUCACUGGUCAAAUUAUGAUUAGCCAAAAUGAAGUUCGAUUAACUACAAUUGAGUAUAAAGUUCAUUUUCUUCUUUAGAAUAACUCAAGAUUUAAAAAAAGACCUACCUAAUUGAAAAAAAAUACAUGUCUCAUACACACAUAUUCAUCCAUGAGGUACAUGUGUCCAUUCCUGUCCAUUUCACCUGAAAUACACAGACAACAUAUACAAUAUGCCUAUGUCUUUUCAAUGCCUAUAAUAUAGUAGGUGUUCUGUAUAUGUUGGUUACCAUGAAUGUUUGUAAACUUCUGUUAAAUAAAUUUUUCAUCUUCAAUUCUGCAAGGCAUUGUAAUAAAUAUUUUAAUGCUUCAAGUUCAUUGAACCUGUAAAUUAUCUCUAUGUAAUGUGCAUUUGUGUGUAAGGUUGGCUUUAUUUCAUUAAAGAAAUUUUUAUUUAAACUUGGUAUCUUUAGUUUGUAGGCAAUCUGCCAAAUUUGAAAUGCUAUAAGGGAUAAAGAAACAUGCAGAGAGAGACAUUUUAUGGAGUUAUUGAAAUCCUGGAAAAUAUACCUUUACCUAGAUUAUUAAGGAAUAUACUAGGUGCAUGAUUUAAUUCUGCAAAAGGAGUUAGAUAGGAAUUUCAUUUCAGAGCAUGUAAUACAGUGCUUUUUAUUUGAAGUGAUCUGUCAGUUUCUUAUCAGGCAAUUUACUGUCAUCAACAAAAACAUCAGAAAAAAAGAAACAUUGAAGGGAAAAAUUUUUCAAGAAUUGCAUAGUUUUGAAAUAUUUUAUUCUCUAACUGAAGAAAGAUGAGAGGUCUUUAGGUCAGGCAUCAGAAAUUUCCUAAAAUGUUCUUAUUCUUUCUAGUGAAAAAGAAACCAGUUCUCCCAAGUUUUUAACUGAAGUUGAAUUCCAAACAAAAGACAUUUACCUGCUCUUGAACCUAAAAAACGUAAACCUCUGCUUGUCACCGAACACUACCCAGGACCACCACAUCUCAUGUUUGUUACUGUUCUUACUGAAAUAUUCAGCUAAUUAUAACCCCUCUGCUACCCCUCCCCCCAUCAUCUACCUCCCCUGAAAUUGCUGUUUGGACUGAAGAUCUUGGAUUCCUCUAGGUGAAAAUUCCUCAAAAUUGAAUCUGUAAAAACAAAUAAAUCCAAGUUUAGCAUUUUUAUCAAAAUGAAUUUGUAAGCAAAUGAGUCAAAAUAUAAGGUUAGGGUUAGGAACUAUGUGUCUUUGAGUUAGAUUAAAUACAUUUUAUUUUUUAGAUGGCAUAAAUCCUAAGGAAAAUAAUACACAAUAUUUAGGCCUAUUAAUUAUUUUCUCUUUAUAUGACCUCUGUGGGAACAUUGCUUAGAGUGUCAGAUAGGGCUCUCAGUUUUCCACUCUACUAAAGACGCAGAAAAAUUUGUUAUUUCCCACUGAAUUCCACACGAGGAUAUUGACCCUGUGGCUAUAAGGCCUAGGUUUUCUCUUUUUAUCAUUUUCAUUUCUUUUUGCUCACAUGUCACCAUAUCCCAUUGUGUCUGAAAAAGGUGCCUCUGAUCCAGUUCAUCUUCAUGUACGUCCAAAUAAUUUUUCAAAGGUUUAUUUUCUUCUUUUUUUAGCCAUAAUUAAAUAAAUGGCUUUUUUCCAAUAAAUGUUCACACCUUCUCUGGGUACUUGGAUAAUCAGGAUUUAUCAACUGAAGAAAUAUUGAUGGUUUGUUGUGGUGGUUUUGUUGGUUCCUCCCCUCCCCCUCCCCAUUUUUGCUUUUGCUUUGCGUCAGUAAAUUACUUAAUAUCAUCCCCUGGAGUAACCACCUCUAAAAAUAACCCUAGCACAGAGUGUCACAAUUUGGCUUUCAUACAGGUUUGAGAAAAACACCAUUAAAAUUGCAUUGAUCUCACAAAUAUUGAUCUAGUGCUUGAUAUCAAAUAUCAAAUGAGAUGCUGACAGUUGGUGCUGAUCAUUGUGUCAGCUGUGUGAAUUCAUGUCCCUUUCCUUCUUCAUUGUCACAUGGAUUCCAAUUGCGGAGGCUAAGUAAGAUUUUCUUGAUUAAAGCAAGUUCAAUUACUUUCCUGUUUUUCACAUUUCUGGUUGAACCAAACAUAGUUUAAUAGUCUACCUGAAAUUUUGGCACGUGAUAUGUCUGUACAUGUGUGUUACAAGAGUGUGAUUCAGUUCCUAGGUUAUGUUUCUAUUUAGCCUAAUCUUGAAAUAAUUUUUAACUGUAUUCUACUUUAUUUCUGAUCACCUGUAUUUUUAAAAAUAAAAUUGUUUUUUUAAAAAA